UGUCUGCUCUGUAUAGUACUCUGUACUCUGUAGUCUGUAAGCCUGAACAAAAAGGUAUUUAGUGGUGCAGCUGCCUAACUGUUGUUGCUUGGGUUUGUGGUGUGUUGAACGGGAAAUCUAAGCAUCAGAUAAAGGUUGUGUUUCGUGAACUGAAUAUAGUAACAUCUUGAUUAAAUUACUUGAACAUGAAACCAUCUCGAAAAUAUAAAAACAGUAUUUUUAGACACAUAUAUGAACAACCAUAUAACGAUCGUACAAGACUGAAGCUGUACAGCAGUGCUAAAGGAAAUUUGGAUUUCAUUCAGCGGCUGAGCUUGCAGCGCUCACUGCCCGUCCACAGUGGCUGUGUCAACUGUAUAUGUUGGAGCGACACUGGGGAGUUCCUGUUGUCCGGCUCUGAUGAUCAGCACCUCGUCAUCUCACAUGCCUACAACUAUAAGACGUUAACAAAUUACAAGACAAGUCACAGAGCAAAUAUUUUCAGUGCCAAGUUCCUUCCUUGCAGUUCAGAUAGAAAUAUAGUCUCCUGCUCUGGAGAUGGCAUCAUAUUAUUUACAGAUUUAAUGCGACCAUCCGAGACACGCCACAACCAGUUCAACUGUCACAAAGGCACGACAUACGAGAUCGCCACCGUUCCCAAUGAGCCUCACACGUUCCUGAGCUGCGGAGAGGACUACACUGUCCGCUGCUAUGAUCUGCGUAUCAAAGAGCGUUGCACUAAAGACAAUUGUGAUGAUGAUGUGUUGGUAUUCUGUCAGAGAGCUGUCACUGCAGUCUCGAUCAACAAUGUCCGGCCGUAUCAGAUGGCAGUGGGUUGUUCUGACAGCACGGUUAGGAUAUUUGAUCGUAGAAUGAUCGGCACCAAAUCUUCCGGUUUCCUAACGUCGGGCCGUAGACCUCGACCAUUCGUAGCAUUCACGCCGCCUCUCAUGGAAGACAGAUCGUACCGCAUUACGUCUCUUGCCUUCUCACCGCAGGGAGAGGACGUCCUGGUUAGCUACUCAUCCGAACAACUAUACAUGUUUAGCAUCAAGGAUGAGACUACAGUGGAAUAUGAGCCUGAGGUGAUGGAGAGUGAUGAGGCUAUGGAGGAGGAGAUGGCCAAGCCAUCGAGUGGACUGCCACCAGUCAGGCGGCUUAGGCUGCGGGGAGACUGGUCCGACACUGGGCCCGACGCCCGUCCUGAGCGGGAUGUAGGCCAGAGCACAGAUGCUGCUCAAGCAAGACCGACACUGCAUGCUACGCUGAUGCAGCGCAUGACCGAUGUUCUCUCGAGAAUGUUGAAUGACCCGGCCACCCGGGCUGCCUUGAGUCAUGGUGGAGAGGAUGAUCACAAUGAGUAUGCUGAAGAGAAUAGUCGUGAUCGCCCAGAAGAUGCCUCUAAUGCAAGAAACCCUGAGUAUCCAGAGGCGGAAGCUCCUGUCGUGGCAGUUUCCAUUGAGGAAAUAUACUCAGAUUCCAGCUCACAACUGGAAACGCCUUCGGCAGAUGUGGUCACUGGAUCUUCUCAAGUGCGGUGGUCUCCACCCAUAGCCAGUCCCACACCUACACCUGCAGAGGAUACUGUGAUGCUGCCUUCCUUCGAGUCAUCAUUUGUGGCUGUAAAACCUUCUCCUCCCUCGGACAGUCAACCCUCCACAUCAACCCCUGCCUCCACCUCCACCUCCACACCUGCCUCCUCCUCUACCUCUGCACCCAAUUCAUCAUCUAGUGGAGAUAAUCUCAACACCAUCACAGACCAGUUGUCUACCAUGAGACAUGGGUUCAUUGAGAGGCAUGGAACUGAGCCAGUUGUGAAUCUCAUGUACUCUGACAAGGGCUCCACAGCUUCUCGUAUAUCCUUGUCUGUCGCAGAUGAAGUCAACAGAGAAACAGUGCCUCAACCUCAAGCAGAAGAAGCAGCCGGUCCCAGUAGUCCAGAUGAUAGACUCUGUACCUCAGCAAACAGCUCUCUCCAGGUCAAUCAGGGGUCACCUUUAGCAGCUCCCAUGUCAGAUGACGACGAAGACUUUGUCAUGGACUCAGACGACAAUAUGGACUCAUCUCGCUCCCCCCCUCCUCAUCCUCCUCCUUCACAACAGCAACAGGCCUCACCAAGGAGAGACAACAGGAGUGAUUUGAGGAAACGGCCUGGGGUACACAGGAGUAUGGAGGAGGAGUUGAGGUUCCUGCGUUCAGUGACGUGUAUGGAUGACAGAGUCAAGGUGCGCAAGCCUGCUGUCAAGCAGAAGUACACCGGACACAGGAAUGCCAGGACAAUGAUCAAGGAGGCGACAUUCUGGGGAGAGGAGUUUGUGCUGAGUGGAUCGGACUGUGGCCACGUGUUCAUCUGGGAGCGGGAGACAGCACGGUUGGUGAUGCUUCUGCAGGCCGAUCACCACGUAGUGAAUUGUCUGCAGCCGCACCCGUUCCUGCCUGUACUGGCCACUUCAGGAAUCGACUACGACAUUAAGCUGUGGGCACCGCUCCAGCCCGAGCCUAGCUUUAACCAGGAGAUGGCCGAGGAGCUAGUGAAACGUAACGAGGUGAUGCUGGAAGAAACCAAAGACACCAUUACAGUUCCUGCCUCUUUUAUGAUCCGUAUGUUGGCCUGCUUAAACCAGAUUAGAAGAGGAGGUAGAUCCCGGAUGCGUCACAGUGAUGGUGGACCAGACCAGCCUAUAGACUAACAAAAUUAUUAAUAUUUUCAAUAAUUUUUCAAAUUUAAAAAUCUCAUUCUGUAUUCAAUACAGUCUAGUGUUCUACUACGUUCUUUCUAUUUAAUCAGUAAUUUUGUAUAUGAUGCCUGUCCAGUAUUUUGGAUUCUCACCCUUGUAAUUGGCUGUUUUAAUAGAACAAUUUUUUGUAGAUAUAUUAUUUUUAUAGUGUGAUAUAUAUGUAUUGUUUUAUUUAUGUUGUUAGUACUGUUUUUUUUUUUUUUUUUUUUUUUUUUGAACGGUUUUAUAGAAGUGCCUGAGGACUACUUAUAUACUAUAUCAUCACAUAUUUCUUCCAGUUAUUACAAAAUGAUCUCUAUUAUUUACCUAUUAUAAUGAGCCAUAAGUAUCUGGAAGUCUUGUGCUUAAGCAAUCUGAACAUUUGUUGUAUUAUAUUGUAUAAUGUAAAUUGAACUAUAAUAUUGUAAUGUUGUAAGUACUGUGGCUUAAAGUUUGUAAUCUGUUAACAACUUGUACAAAUCGUAUAGUUUUUGAAUUUAUAAAUAUUAUUUCUUUUGUGUUUUACACAGUAGUUUUAAAAUAAAGUGUUUAUAAAAGUUGUGGUUCUCUUAGAUCUAAUAAUAUUCAUAGAUGGUAUAAAAAGUCAAUGUACUUUUAUAUUGGAAUGUUUAUAUGGUUAGCAAGACUAAUAAAUAAUAUUUUGUAGAGGUUUAAAAUCUAAAGUUAAGAGUGAUUAAAUUUAAUUUUGAUUUGUU